AUGGCCCAUGCCGGCAAUGGAGGGGUUCACAACUCGGAUACUGGCGACGGAGGCGAGACCCGCGGUUCUUCAAAUAUCGAGGACAUGAACCAAGCUCGUGUCAGCGAGGAUAAUGAUCCUCCCGCAGAGCAAGAGCCCGUGAGGGGUGGCGCUGGGGCGGACACGUCCAGUUCAUCGUCAAAAAACGAGAAUGAAACGCCCUCAGAAGACGAGAGUCAGGGAAUAGGAUCGUCAAGCGAUGAGGAGCAAGGGCAUGAAGCAUCCAACACCGAGGAUCAAGAACAAGAGCCUGCAUAUGAGAAGCAUCAAGAGCAGGAAUCGUCAAACGAACAGAGUAUCGAUGCGGAACAGGGCUCUCUACCUGUUAGCAACAUGACCAGCGGAUUCCCACCAACUGAGGAGAUCCAGCCAAUUCAAGAGAUCCAGCCUAUGCAAGAAAUCCAACCGGUUAAAGAGGUUGAAGCCAUGUCAACGGUCGACCAGCCUGAAGUGGCUCUGGCGAAUGAUGAAACUCCAGCGGUUGAGAGGCCAUUUUCAUGGAAGCUGUGGAGAUGCUGGGAAGGCACACUGGACUGCUGCGGGACAUGUCUCGUGGACCCCGAGUGUGUAAGAGACGUGUUUAACGUCGAGACUCCUGAGCUACGUUGCGUGUCAAGGUUGCUGGAUCGGAUUUAUCAAUAG